UUUGUAUGGUCUACCGAGAUGGUGCGCUGCUUUGUAAAACCCUGGGGAAUGUAGUUUAAGUUCUAACCCUUUUGUACAAUUAUUACACGGUGAAAUUGUUGUAAAACAACUACAAUUUCCUGGCAUCGAAAUGUACGUAAAUUACGCGCCAUUGAACCACUGCGAUUUAUCGUUUGUUUUUAGCUUGGACGCUUGCUUGCUGGCUAGCUAGCUAACGUUAGCUAGCUUUCCAUCAAUGCUUACCGCUUAUUCAAUCGGACAUACAACGAGAUUAUUUAUCUUUCUGUUUUUUAAGUUUACUAUUGCUAAAAAAAAUUAUAUGAAUCUUACCGACAUAUUCAUGUCAUCCGAUGAAAUGUGUAGUUUUCGAAAGAUUGCUUCACUUGCUAGCUAGCAAGCGAGCUAUCUUAAUUUCCGGUGUUUUUUGUUGUUGUUUUAUUCGCUAACUAACGUUAACUUUACAACGAUUUUGGAAGCUAUUUCUAAAGUAGAUAUCUAUAUAUUUUUUUUGUUGGAAGUACAACAUACAAUUACUCUGUUAGUAGUUGAAGGUAAAAUCCAAGGAAGUUUAAAAUCCAAGGAAGUCAACAUGCCGGUACAUUCUCGAGAAAAGAAAGAAAGUAACCACGAGGAGAUGGAAGUCGACUAUCCCGAACAAGAUGGGAGCAGUUCAGACGAGGAUGACACUGAAAGCUCGUCCGUGUCAGAGGAUGGGGACAGCUCGGAGAUGGAUGAUGAGGACUGUGAAAGGAGAAGGGUGGCGUGCCUUGAUGAAAUGACAAAUCUGGAGAAACAAUUUGGAGACCUGAAAGACCAGUUGUACAAGGAGAGGUUGAGUCAGGUGGAUGCCAAACUCCAGGAGGUGAUUGCAGGCAAGGCUUCGGAGUACCUGGACCCCCUGGCAAGUCUGCAGGAGAACAUGCAGAUCAGAACAAAGGUUGCUGGGAUCUACCGGGAGCUCUGUAUAGAGUCUGUAAAAAACAAGUACGACUGUGAAAUCCAAGCAGCUUUCCAGCACUGGGAGAGUGAGAAGUUGCUAUUGUUUGAUACAGUGCAGAGUGAACUUGUGGAAAAGAUCAGGCGACUGGAGGAGGACAGGCACAGUAUAGACAUAACCUCAGAGCUCUGGAAAGAUGAGCUGCACUCAAGGAAGAACAAGAGGAAAGAUCCAUUUAGUCCAGACAAAAAGAAGCCAGUUGUUGUGUCAGAUAUCCUCUUUCAUCAUCUGAGUCUCAACAUAAAUGACAUUUCUUUAACAUCCGUACGACCAUAUAUUGUCUACAUGCUACAAGACUUGGAUAUACUGGAGGAUUGGACAGCAAUCAGAAAGGCUGUGGCUACUUUGGGACCUCACAGAGGUAAAACUGAUGUCCCCACCAAUAAGAAUGAAAAGUAUCAGCAUAAGGCUCGAUCAGAAGAGGGAAAGUUGAGUUAUGACGGAGAAUGGUACUGCCGUGGACAGACGAUAUGCAUCGACAAGAAAGAUGAAUUUCCCACAAGAGCCAUAAUUACCACAAUCAACCACGAUGAGGUUUGGUUCAAACGACUAGACGGCAGUAAAUCCAAGCUGUACAUCUCUCAGCUCCAGAAAGGCAAAUACACUAUCAAACACUCCUAAUUAUCAGGUCAACUUGCACCACUCCCUCUCCAAAGCUCAGGAGUUAUUCAAAGAUCCCCAUGGUGCCAUCUUCUGCCAAUUUCAAGUUUUCUAAUGAAUUCUGAAUUAAAUACUUAAAAUACAAUUUAUAUGAAAUACAAUUUUUUGUUAAUUUCAUGAGAUGGGUGUGGGUCCUCUAAAUAGUAUUGUGUGUGACUGUAGGUGUGAAUAUGACCAUGUUCCAAUGGCAUUUAUAUUGGGCAAGACAGACGGAUAUGAAGAACAUGAGUUUCCAGACUCUUUUUCUACAGGUUUGCCUUAACAGUAGCUCAAAGCAUUCAGAUGAAAAAAUGUACAGUAUAAUGGACUAACACUGCAAGAUCUAUAGAAAGUUACAUGGGACAUCAGUAUAGAUCAGUAUAUUAGCCUCUCGUGUACAUUGACAAGUAUCCAUUAUCUCUUGCCAUACCCAUCUCUGCCAGUUGUACUUUUUGUAAUUUAUGAUCAAUUCUUGGUACGGUACUGGUGAUGACUGUCUGUUUAACUUUAACACUUAUGUCUUACAUCUUCCAAUGCAGUAUUCAUUUGUUUCUUGCUGUCUGUCUUAAUGACAUUCCUACAUAGGGUUUUAAAAUUCUAGUAAUGUUCCCAAAAUUCCCAGGUUUUCCAGAUAACCCAGUUGAAAGUGUCCCAGAAUCAGAAGCGAAUAAGCAGGAAAUCCGCCCUAGAUUUCUGGAAAACCGGUGAAUUUUGGGAAAGUUACCAGAGCUCUGCAACCCUACCUGUACCUCACUUUGAGAUGCUGUGGGUUUGCUAGAAAGGAACCACUGUCUUAAUGUACAGAAUAAAAUGGGCCUGCAUGUUUUAUAUAAAUAAAGGGAAAAAUCUGUCUAUAAACUUUCUGUAUUUUUUAGAGACAAUACAUUUUCUGAGAAGAUCCAGUGAAAUGCACAUUACUUUUCUACACUUAUCUUUUACCAUAAUCUCAUGUCAUGUGUGCUUGAGGUCAGCAUCUAUGUCCAUAUUUCUACAACAGAGUAAAAAACAUAUCUUAAGCUGUUUUACUUGGGAUAAAGAUAUGCCCCUAAAUCACAGAACAGUUCGGAGAUUCCUGUCUUGUUUCAUGUAUAAAAGUUGCUGCAAUACCAUAAUUUGCCACAGCCAAUUUCUCCUACCUAAACAGCCAAGUGUUUUAUGAAAGCUUUUUUUUAACUUGCCCAAACACUACUGCCAAGACUAAAAUCAAUAUCUGAAAUGUGUAUUGAACUGUACUAAUGUGAAUGUUGUGUGGAAAUAAUAUGAACUGUUUUGUUUAAAAAAUAACAAAUUACUUGUAUGUUGUAUGCAAGGUUGCAGCAAGGAGUAGUCUGUUCUUGCCUUUUGGGAGAGUAUCAAUAUGAAUGUGGUGUUAAGUAUUUAGAUUUCAUCAUGACUGCCUGUAUGUUCAUAAACAUGAGAAAAUUUGACUAAACAAAAAGUAAACAUAGUGAAACAAUA